GUGAUCCGGCGCUCGCUCCGUUCUGUCGGGGUGUCAUCGGUGUUCAUGCACUCCUCUGCCUCCCUUUUUCUCUGCCCUCCCUCCCUCCCUUCCUCUCUCUCUUCUCUCCCUCCCUCCCUCAUCUUUGUGAACGGACUUAUUCUCGCAGACAGACACACACAAGCACUCAAAGAGAAUGGACUAAAAGCAAAAACGGGCUUUAUCAUCCAGAGGAUUUUUUCCCUUUUUUUUUUUUCUUCCUCCACAAUAAUUUUCACUUUGCGUCGAGCUUUAAUCUCUUCAAAUCACCUCUUUUUCCCUCUGCAUCUCUUUUUCGCCAUCAAUUCCUCCCUCUCACCUCCUGUGAAUUAUCCAUCUAUUGGUUUAUGUGUUGUCUCGUUUUGUCCUUUUUAUUUGCCAUCUGAGAAAAUGUCAUAUCCGAGCACUCGCACGUCAUCGACUUCCUCGCAUCAGAGUUGCUGUUUAUUUUGCGUUCUGGUGACGUAAUUUUUGCAAUACCUCACAUCGACUUCUUCCAUGUUUUGAAAUAUAAGGGAUUAUUCACGAAUAAGCUUUUAGCAGUAAAGAAAAACAGACGACAAGAAGGCUCAAAAUAAUUGAGCUGAUUGCAAAGUAACUGAAUAAUUUGGAGCGUGUGUGUAAGAACUACAGAGAGUAGACCGAUACAUAGCAAAUUAAAGCAAACCACACGACUCAUUUUCUUAUCCACCCUCUCUUUAUUCCUAUUUUACUUUUAUAUUUCCAUGGUCUUUUUCUUCCUGAAGGAGGUCUAACGCCUCUCCUCUUCAUCACAUGAAGAUAAUGGGAAGUGGGACUUUUGAGCGGCCGUCACCACGAUAGAAGGCAUUCUGGAUUGAGCCGUUUUCCUGAGGAAUUACCCCUUAAAUCCUGGAUUUCAUUCCAAGCAAAACAAAAAAAGAGAAAUUAACAGUAAUUAUAACUGUCCUAAAUCUGUGACUCUCUUUUUGACUUUUUGUAAUGGACUGAAGCUGAUUGCAAUAUUCCUUUUUUCAGCCAUGAAUCUUAAUGGGAUUUCACUAACGCGGAUUAAAGACUCAAGCCACAUCUUUGUGUAUUAGUUGAUGUAACCGCCAUGCUUCUUACAAUAUCUCCGGCCUACAAAAUCCAUUACAUGUAAUGUUUCCUAAUGCUAAGGGUUAAGUAGACUGGCGGACGUCAGAAAAAGAAGCGGCGCCCAACCGGUCUCCGGAGGAGCGGGAGGGCAGAACGGAGCGGAGGCGAAGCUGCUCCCGUGGAGCACAAUUACCUUCCAGAUUGCUGCUUUACCCUCUUGACCCGUCAAGGAUUUUACCUAAAACUGCUUUCAGCCUCCCUCAGUCUGAGGCUAUGAGAGGGAGAGAGGAGUCCCAGGCCGCACCACCAUGCCACUUCUGAGACGCCGCGAUGAGACUUUGGCUGGCGAAACACAAGGUAUUACUCUCCCCCUGCUCCACAAUGCCUGCCUGCGGCGGCUGCAGCCCCUCUUUGCCUCGCGGCCAAGCGGGGGCCUCCGCCUCCCCGGCCCCGUCGUUUGCCCAGGAGCAAGAGAGGGGGGUCCGACCCCGGCACCCUCCCCCGCCUCUGUCGCUCCGCCGCUACGCCGACGCCUCUCACCGCCUCUCCCUUCUCCUCCUGCUGCUCUGCCUCCUCCACCUGCCCCCGGCCUGCCACUCCCGGAGAGAGGGCGGCCCGGGCGGGGGCGGCGGGGGCGGCGCCGGCGGCCACUACGUCCCCAUCCCUCAACUCCCGCCCCACCACAUGGCCCUGCCCAACCUCCUGCACGGCCUCAGCAUCGCCGUCGUCCUGGUGGGCAACUCCAGCGAGGUGGCGCUGGCCGGAGCCCGCGAGAAGGAGGACUUCCUCCACAUGGCGCCUAACGUGGAGGUGCUGACCAUGAAUGAGACGGACCCCAAGAGCAUCAUCAAGAGCAUCUGUGACCUCAUGACGGACCACUGGCUGCAGGGGGUGGUGUUCGGGGACGACACCGACCAGGAGGCCAUCGCCCAGAUCCUCGACUUCAUUUCGGCCCAGACCCACAUCCCCAUCCUCGGAGUGCGCGGGGGCUCCUCCAUGAUCAUGGCCGCCAAGGAUGACGACUCCAUGUUCUUCCAGUUUGGCCCCUCCAUCGAGCAGCAGGCUUCGGUCAUGCUGAACAUCAUGGAGGAGUACGACUGGUACAUCUUCUCCAUCGUCACCACGUACUACCCGGGGUACCAGGACUUUGUCACCAAGGUCCGCAGCACCAUAGAGAACAGCUUCGUGGGCUGGGAACUGGAGGAGGUUUUACUGCUGGACAUGUCGGUGGAUGACGGCGAUUCGAAGAUCCAGAACCAGCUGAAGAAGCUCCAGAGCCCCGUCAUUCUCCUCUACUGCACCAAAGAGGAGGCCAACACCAUCUUCGAGGUGGCCCACUCUGUCGGGAUCACGGGCUACGGCUACACAUGGAUAGCACCCUCGCUGGUAGCCGGAGACACCAUUGCAGUGCCGGCAGAGUUCCCCACAGGGCUGCUCUCCGUGUCCUACGACGAGUGGGACUACGGCCUGGAGGCCCGCGUCCGCGACGGCGUGGCCAUCAUCACUAUGGCAACCUCCACCAUGAUGAUGGACCGCGGACCCCACACCCUGCUGAAGUCCGAGUGCCACGGGGCUCCGGACAAGAAGACCCCCAUCUCAGGCAACCCCAACGAAGUGCUCAGGUACCUGAUGAAUGUGACGUUCGAGGGGCGGAAUCUGUCGUUCAGCGAGGACGGAUACCAGAUGCACCCCAAGCUGGUCAUCAUCCUGCUCAACAAGGAGAGGCAGUGGGAGAGGGUGGGUAAGUGGGAGAACGGUUCCCUGUCCAUGAAGUACCACGUGUGGCCUCGCUAUGAACUCUACGGGGGCGCGGCCAACAGGGAGGACGACCACCUGUCCAUCGUGACGCUGGAGGAGGCUCCGUUCGUCAUCGUGGAAGACGUGGAUCCGCUCAGCGGGACGUGCAUGAGGAACACUGUGCCCUGUCGGAAGCAGCUCAAAACACUCAAUCAGACGAAGGAUUCGGGGAUCUACAUAAAGCGCUGCUGUAAGGGGUUCUGCAUCGACAUCCUGAAGAAGAUUGCCAAGCAGGUGAAGUUCACCUAUGACCUUUACCUGGUCACUAACGGCAAACACGGCAAGAAGAUCAACGGGACGUGGAACGGCAUGGUGGGAGAGGUGGUGUUAAAAAACGCCCACAUGGCCGUCGGCUCCUUGACCAUCAACGAGGAGAGGUCAGAGGUCAUUGACUUUUCCGUCCCCUUCAUUGAGACGGGCAUCAGCGUCAUGGUCUCCCGUAGCAACGGCACAGUUUCACCUUCGGCCUUCUUAGAGCCCUUCAGCGCGGAUGUGUGGGUGAUGAUGUUCGUGAUGCUGUUGCUGGUGUCAGCAAUGGCUGUGUUUAUAUUCGAGUACUUCAGCCCUGUGGGCUACAACCGCUGUCUGGCUGACGGCAAAGAGCCCCACGGCCCGUCCUUCACCAUCGGUAAGGCCAUCUGGCUGCUUUGGGGUCUGGUCUUUAACAACUCCGUGCCGGUGCAGAACCCCAAAGGCACCACCAGUAAGAUCAUGGUGUCGGUGUGGGCCUUCUUCGCUGUCAUCUUCCUGGCCUCCUACACCGCCAACCUGGCUGCCUUCAUGAUCCAGGAGGAAUAUGUGGACCAGGUAACUGGUCUCUCAGACAAAAAGUUCCAGAGCCCCAACGACUUCUCGCCUCCGUUUCGGUUCGGCACCGUGCCAAACGGGAGCACGGAGAGAAACAUUAGGAACAACUAUCCAGAGAUGCACGGCUACAUGACAAAGUUCCAUCAGAGAAACGUCAACGAGGCGCUGCAGAGUCUCAAGGCCGGCAAACUCGACGCCUUCAUUUACGACGCGGCCGUACUCAACUACAUGGCCGGCCGCGACGAGGGCUGCAAGCUGGUGACCAUCGGCAGCGGCUACAUCUUCGCCACCACCGGGUACGGCAUCGCCAUCCAGAAGGAGUCGCUCUGGAAGAGGCACGUGGACCUGGCCAUCCUCCAGCUCUUUGGAGACGGCGAGAUGGAGGAGCUGGAGUCCCUGUGGCUGACGGGGAUCUGCCACCACGAGAAGAACGAGGUGAUGUCCAGCCAGCUGGAUGUGGACAACAUGGCCGGCGUCUUCUACAUGCUCGGUGCCGCCAUGGCGCUGUCGCUCAUCACCUUCAUCUGCGAGCACUGGUUCUACUGGCAGCUGCGCUUCUGCUUCAUGGGCGUCUGCUCCGGCCAGCCGGGCUUCGUCUUCUCCAUCAGCAGGGGCAUCUACAGCUGCAUCCACGGGGUGCAGAUAGAGGAGAAGAGCAGCUCGGCGUUGAACUCCCCGUCGGCCACCAUGAACAACACCCAUUCCAACAUCAUGCGCCUCCUGCGCACCGCCAAGAACAUGGCCUCCCUGUCGGGGGUGAACGGCUCGCCGCACAGCGCUCUGGACUUCAUCCGCCGCGACUCGUCCGUUUACGACAUCUCCGAGCACCGGCGCAGCCUGGCGGGCCACUCGGACUGCAAGGCGCCGUACCCGCCGGAGGACAACAUGUUCAGCGACUACAUCAGCGAGGUGGAGAGGACGUUCGGCAACCUCCACCCGAAGGACAGUAACCUGUACCAGGACCACUACCUGCACCACCACGGCUCAGCGCUCGGGCUCAGCGGGCCGCUGGCCAACCGGCCCCACAGCCUGGGCAGCGGCAGUUCCCAGGAGGGGGGCAUGUUUGACUGCGACAGCCUGGGCGGAGGGGUGGCCCCUAUUUUCACCACCCAGCCCUGCUCGGCGCUGACCCACAGGAACAUGAGCAAGUUUGACCUGCUGUCCGGACAGACUCCGCCCUCAGGCCCGGGCUUCAAAGGAGGGCUUCCGGACCUGUACGGGAAGUUCUCCUUCAAGGGCGGCGCCUCGAGCUCCACCUUUGUCCCGGGGCACGGCUACUGCGGAGGGAGAGGAGACGACGAAGGAAACAUCAGGUCCGACGUGUCCGACAUUUCCACGCACACAGUGACUUACGGAAACCUGGAGGGUAACGCCAAGAAGCGCAAACAAUACCGCGACAGCCUGAAGAAGAGGCCGGCCUCUGCCAAGUCCAGACGGGAGCUGGACGAGAUCGAGCUGGGCUACAGGAGGAAGCCCUACCACAUCAGCCACCACCACUACCACGCCCGCCGCUCCACCUCCCCGCCGCUUUUGGCCCCCGACCGCAAGAGAGGAGGAAACAACGACGGGAACUCCUAUCUCUUCAGAGAAAAGGAGAGCGUCAGGGAUUUUUAUUUGGACCAGUUUCGUCCCAAAGAGGGCGUCCCCCAGUGGGAGCACGUGGACCUGACGGAGGGCCCCGGGAGCAGAGACGGAGGAGUGGGGACCUGCACCACCCUCGUUCCGGUGGAUGACUUUCUUAAGAGCAAACCCAAAAAGUCCGAUUCAAAGAGCGGGGGAGGAUCUGGGCUAGCAGGAGGAGAGUGGGAGUGCAGGAACUGUCGGGCUAGCGGGGGAGGAUUGAGCAAGCAGAUGUCCAUGCACGGGGGCGGCGGAGGGUACGGCGGCGGCAUGAGCUGCGGCUCCUCUGGAGGCGGCGGAAACAGCCGCCCCAGCUCCGCCACCUGCAUGCGCUGCGAGGGCUGUAAAAAGACAGGAAACCUCUACGAUAUCAGCGAGGACAACAACCACCUCUUGGAACAGAUGGGGGGAGGGAAUGGCGGCGGAGGAGGGGGGAUGGGCGCCGGCCCUCAGGGCCAGCAGCGGAGGAAGAGCGGCGGCUUCGGCAAGCCACUGCGGCGGCAGCACUCGUACGACGCCUUCGUCGACCUUCAGAAGGAGGAGUCCGGCGGGAUGGGAAGUUUGAUGGGGGGCCUCGGAGGCGUCGGCGGGAUGAGUGGCGCCGGCAUGGGGGGGAUGCUGCCGCCGCCCAGGAGCGUCAGCUUGAAGGAGAAAGAACGCUACUUGGAGGGCACCAGCCCCUUCGCGCACAUAUUUGAGCGCCACGGGGGCUCGGAGAGAGAACGGGAGCGGGACAGAGACCCCUUGUUCUACGGGGGGGAGGGCCGGAAGGGCAACGGCUCGCCGUUCGGCCUGUUCCGCGGCGGCGAGGGCCUCCACCGCCGCUCCAUCGGAGAGAGAGACAUGCGAGAGAGAGAUAGGGCUUUGAUGGAAGGAGGAGGAGGGGGAGGGUUCUCUCUAUCCAAAUCUCUUUACCCGGACAGGGUAAACCACAACCCCUUUAUUCCCACCUUUGGCGACGACCAGUGUCUGAUGCACGGCGCCAAACAAUAUUACAUGAAGAAGCAGCAGCAGCAGCAGCAGGUUGCCAAAAACAGCCGCAGUGACUUCAGGAGCCAGAUGAGCACGACGUCAUACCUGCCGGCGUCCGCCACAGCCGGGGUGAUGUCCAACGCGGCCCCGCGGUUCCCGAAGGAGCUCAGCCUGGGUGGAAUGAACCACCACGGCUCCAUGCUGGGGGUCGGCCCCCCGCGUCCCUUCAAUGGAAGCAAUGGCCAUGUGUACGAGAAACUCUCUAGCAUCGAGUCGGACGUGUGAGAGCAAGCAGAGCGGGAGGAGCGGACGUUUGGGGGGGGGGGGGGGGGCAGGGAGGGGGGCAUGUAGUGUUGGGAGAUCAGGGAUGAUUUUAAAGACACUGUCCACACACUGCAACCCUAGCCCAUAUUGGGACAGCGCGACGAGGAAGACGGGAGGGAGGCCGUCGAAAAGGGGAAGUUAGAGGGAAAAGAGAAACGCGGACCCUCACUCAGAAACCACUCGCAACGCCGUCAAUGGGCGUUCGGCAGGAGCCGAUGUACUCGGCCAUCAUCGCCAAGAGGCGACACCUCGUCUUCUUGGUUUUGAUACGGGACGCGUGAGGCUGGUGCGAUGUGACGGCCGUCUGAGAGCUCCGGCUGAGGAAACACGGCGAGGAGCGAGUGGCCCAUCUGCCGCCGUGUCACGGCGGAAAGGGGACGUUACACAGCAGAUGACUAGUGCAUCUCUCUCUCUCUCUCUCUCUCUCUCUCUCUCUCUCUUUAAGGAGACGACCCCUCCUCCGUCCUGCACUCUUCUCCUUCUACCCCUUCCCCUCUCCCCCUCCUCAUCCCCAGCGCCAGAAGAGCUGAUCUUCGUUUGCUAUGAGAAACACAAUCAUGAAUGAUAAUAAGAUAUUCUUAUAGAAGGAGAAAAAACAGGGUAUAAGAACAACAAUAAUAUUGAUAACAUUGUUUGGAUAACAAAGACGUUUGUGCUGAUUAUGAUAUCAAGAAUAAGUUUUCUUGUUUUUUGUUCUGUUGGUAUAAUAUUUCACUACUGUUUUAGUACCUGUAGUUGUAUCCUGUCUACCCGAGUGGCAGCAGGAAGGUUGUUUUUAUUUCAACCAAAAAGCCAGAAAGACUCAAGUCCUUAACUCCUGAUUUUUUUUUUUUUUACUGUGUUCUGUAGAAUAUUUUACUCCAUGCGCAUACAUUUAUUUGCUGCUUGUGGGAAAACCGAGUCUGGCGGACAAAUUUAGAGACGCCAAAUCCUCAUUUGAUGUUUGAAGAAAGUUUGAAAUGCACACACACACACACACACACACACACACACACACACACACACUCACUACACUUAAAACACAUGCAGAUUUUGUGGGUCUGAACUUGUUUUACUGUGAACGGUGCGUUUCGUCCAGAGCCGAAGACACCGAGAGGAAGGACGUGCCUUAAUGGUCUCCAGUGGACGUGUCCUUCCGCUUCACACGCGGCGCUCGCUGCAGGCCGCUCGCUGUCCUCUGGGAGUUUAACGGCCUGCUUCAGACCCGUCGAACCGACGGCCAGAACACAAGGCGAGGUGGCGUAACGUUAUUUUGUACUUUCAGGAGGUUUCGGACGGACCGACGCAUCCCGCUUCACAACCCGGCAGCCUUCAGAACACUUCUUUUCAUUCAGGUUACACGACACCGGUCACAAGGCACUCGCUGGUUUUUUUCUCGCCACUUUCUCGAUGUAGGCGUAACUUUUCACUCAUGUAGGCAGCCUGAGAGGCGCGCACACUGAAAGCUUUGUUUGUGCAUUGUGUAUGAUUAAAAUAUGCAUUUUCUUUUGUUGGCGAAAUGCAACAAACCGCGUAGGAGUCGUGUUGUUGCCCGGGUGACGACGAUGUCGCUCGAGGGUCGAGGAGGAUGUAUAUUUCAAAGAGGCCUCUUAAACGCGCGUGGAAGGCGGCCAGAUGGCCCUUCAGCGGCUUUUCACUCCGAUGUCGCUCGUCCUUUUGGGCUGCAGAGGCCUCAUUUAUCGCACAGGACCUUUUUACUCGGUGUAGGUUCAGGCGCUUAGUAGACAUGCCUUAUCAUCCCAUCACCCCCAACCAGAGCUGUCUGAUGGUGACUCAGCAUAUUACUGUACAGAAUAAAGAAGCCUCUUUUAGACAUUUAAAGGUUUGAUCUUCGAUUCGCUGGCGGUGUCACAAGUUCAAGGGCUGCAGGAGACUGAGUGCUGGCCUGGUGUUGGAGUGUGUAGAGAAGGAUCUUUGUCAUUGCCGACUUCUAUCUUUUACCCCAAUCUAAUUGCACCAGUUGUAAUAUCUUGGUGUGCGUGCAAGCGUGUCUGUGCGCGCGUGUGUGUGUGUCUGUGAGGGGAGGGAAGCAAAUCACGAUUGAAUGAUUACAGAUUAUUUUUGUCCCCCACUAACCUGCUGAUAACUACUCAUAAGUUCAGCCGCCGCCCCCUUUUCCUCGCUCCGCGGAUGACCCCAUCAACGUGAGACUGAUCGAGUUAGCCUUAAAUCAAACGGAUCCAUCCGCCUGCCCAAGCACCCCCACCCCCCCACCCCGACGACUCUCCUAAUGAAUACAUUGGGAUCUCUGGAAUUUUUAUAUGCACACAUUUUUGAAAGUUCAGGUCAACCAUUAUGAGCAGGAAGGAACGAGGAAGAGACCAGGAACCGAGGAGGAAAUAAGCAACGAGACUCCGGAGUGGGCAUCAGUCAGCAUUUGUACCUUCAAUCUUUUCCAUGUAAAUAGUAUAUUUAAAACUCUUUUCACUUUGUACAGUAAACAGACAGACAGGAUGUAACUUUCAGUAUGUUUUACAGCAAUUUAAGAAAUAAACAAAACAACGAUAAAAACUCAGAAAAACUCUAAAAAACUCUUGAACAAAAAUAUGCAAAAUAUAGUUAAGACACAAAUAUUACUAAUCAUAAGUGAUAUAAUUAAACCUCUUUCUUUCAAUCUCAUGUUUACUUAAUUAUAGUUUACCAAUGAGUAUACUGGUUAUGUUAAGAAUUAUGCUUUUUCAUAUUUUCACUAAAGUGUUGGAAAUCGAGGAUAAUUUACUGUAGGUGUAGACGUUUGGUGAUUAAAAGGGGAAGUUUAGUUUUAAGAGUCCUUGCUAAGCUUUCCCUCGAAUCGUGUUAGAUUCUCUCUUUUUAAGGUAAGCUCUUAUUCAUGCUUUUUGAGAUACAAAUCAAUUAUCUACACAUUUAUGGAAUACAAUAUUAAGUGUAUACAUAGAUGAUAUUUGCGUAUAGAGGCAGUACAUUGUGAUCCUUCAUUUUGGGGCAGCGAUCCUUUUAAACUUACAGGAUAUUUGUGUUUUUUUGACCUGGGCUCUAGCGGUGAUUGCACACAGAAUUUAGAGCCAUCGUCGGGCCGGCCUACCCUGUUACCCUAUACAUCACUGUGGCAAAGGACACACACAUACACACACUUAUACAGACAGACACACAAACGCGCACUGGACAUUCCCCAGAGUUGAUGAUGUUAAUUCUGCUGAGGAUUUUCGGCACAAUAUUGCCGUGAACCGAGAGCGAGUGUAGUUUCAUCUUAUUGAGAAUCCAUUUGAAGCGGAAAUGCAUUUGUGCAACCCCUUAUUAAAAGGUGCAACAUUUGUCGUCUCACACGUCUCAUUUUAUGUGGAGAUUUGCUCGAGGGAAUCAACUGCUUUUGCUACAUUUUAGCUCGCUUGUUGUUAAACCGUGCUGUUUGGCAACUGGAAACACUUAAAAGCUUUGGAUUCUAAUUUAUAUUUGUGCAACUUUGUGCACUGCUUGUUUCUCAGUUUGAGACGUUAGGUGCGGUUUGUAAUUUGUUUGUCCCCCAUGCAGUCAGAAGUUAUUUCCCCCGGUCUUCUUCCGUACGGCACUGAUUCCAAUAAAUCUCUCUAAUCCUCGUCCCGGCCCUGAGAGAUGAAUUCUGCUCUCUUAUAUUUUUCACAACUGCUUUCAUGUCUAGCGAGUUUGAUUGAAAAGGGAAAAAAAUGUGUCUGUGUGCACGUAAAAACCCUGUUGGGUUUGCAUAUUUCUCACACGAGCCACCGCUCUUUUGCAAUAAACCGGAUGACAAAACAGAAAAACAAGCUCUUGCUGUUCACUGUAUGUGCCAAUUCAUCACUUCCUUUUAUUUCUUUCAUGCAGCAGAAGGGGCGAGCUGUAAGGGCCGGCCUCCAGCUGCUGGUUUGGGGGGGGGGUGGGGUCAAGGUGCACGUGACCCCGUGGUAAACAUCCUACCACCGGGCCUGUACCACCUCCAGCUGCUCGCCGGAGGUGUUUCCUCUUUUCCUUUUUACUUCCAUCGGUCGGUCCCGGCCUCACUUCCCUGCACACGAGCGCCCCGCAACACAUCCGUUCUUAUGGGGCGGCUAAAGCGAAAACACUGUGUCACAUUUUUACAACACAACAACGGGCUGUGGCGAGUUAGUGGGCCGGGGACAUCCUGAGGGGGGGGGGGGUGAAUCUGUGUUUUUCUGUCUGGGAUUCUGACACAUGGGACCAAACGAGAGCGCGACGCAGUCCGCCACAGGGAUCGAUGUACCGGUUAAACUGACUCGUGAAAAUGCAUUUGACAUCAAUAUUUCUAUCAUGGUGUGUUGUUUUUUAAUCGACAAAUCACAUACACAUAGGAAGGAUUAUACUGUGAUUUUAUGCGAUUUAUUUGUUGUGAUUUAGCUACUUAUAAUUUUCCAGCUCACUUAAUUCAUUUGCAGAUGCUGUUUAUUCAUAUUUUAAAGAUCUCUCUGUGUGUGUGCGUGUGUUAAUAUGUGUUGAUAUUGCUUUAUAUUGAUGCAUACAAAAUUUUCUAUUAAAUUGUGUACAGUUUUGUUGGUUUAAUAUUGCUAUUUUCCAUCGUCAUCAUUUACAGUCAAGAAUGCAAAAGGCAUCAGGGGUUGCUUCUAAAUGUAUUUCACAAGUUGAACACACAUUGAUUAGAUUUACUGUGGGUUGACAAAGAUGUAACAUAUGAAUAGAAUCAAUUGUAUACAUAAUGAUAUACAGAAUAUUACUCUUGGCCAUUCUUUUAUCUUUUUGUGGCCCUUUUCUUUGAAUUAAUCCCCCAAAUUUUUACACCAUAUGAAUAGAAAAACGACACAAAAACAAAUAAUUGUACAGGCUGUGUAAAUACUGAAUAUUCGGGGGAAACAUUUACCUUGUUUGUUUGUUUUUUUGUAUGGAAACAUUCAAAGUAAUCUCAAUAACAAAAUUAACCACGUCAUGAGAAAAUUGCAAAAAAAGAAAACCAUUAAGGUACUUCUAAUAAGGAUAAUACUGAUAUCUACAAUUAUAAGUGCUCAAAUAAGACUAUCCUUUCUCUUUGUACAUGAUGAACAAAAUGAAGUGUUGAGUAUUAAUAAUAAAAAAAACUAAGUUUCAA